GACUAGUUAGCAUCUAAUGAAACGUUCCCGUGCCGUCUACGAAGAUUCCGCCGGUGAACGAGCCAUAAAAGUAGAAAAAUUUAUCCGAAAUUUGCACUUUUCCGUUCCGUUAUACCGUUUACGCCAACAAAGUGAGCGCCGUCCAUGCCCGAAGUGCCAGAAACGCCGUUUCUACUACUGCUAUGACUGUCUAACGGUAACGCAUCCGGAAAGCCAUCCACCUCCCCUUUCUCUUCCUCUAAAUGUCUACGCCAUCUUACACGCCGGGGAGCUGCGUUCAAAGAGUACCAGCGUUGCCGCAUCCACCAUUUCGCCGGAUUUGCAUAUUAUUGAGUACCCGGAGAUCCCAACGAAUCUUAAACCGGAAAACACUUUAGUCCUCUACCCCAGUAGCGAUAGUGUCGAGUUCGAGGCAGUUGAAUGCUUAGAAAAGUACACAAACGUCAUCUUCGUGGAAAGCACUUGGCAGAAGAGUAAAUCAAUUGCUCAUGACAGUCGACUGAAAAAUUUUAAGCGCGUUCGGAUAAAAGAACAGUCUUCUUUAUUUUGGCGUUUUCAAAAUAACGAUCCAACUUAUCUAGCAACCGUCGAGGCGAUCUAUUACACCCUUCGUGAAUAUGUGAUUCAUACGAACAAAGUAAAAGCGGCAAAAUCAAAAUUCGGCGACUCUAAGGUGUGUGAUGAUGAAAGUUAUUACUCGGGUGAGGUUGACGAUAUUUUGUUUUACUACAUCAAUCAGUACAUCGGAGUACAACAGCGAUACUCUGGGAAUUCCCCACUGAAAUACACAGAUCGCCAUUUUGAAGGAUACAUUCUCGAGAAGGCUAGUUGGGAUACACUAAUUGCUCCCCCAGAGACUAAAUCCACUUAUUGAGAUCAGAUCAGAUCUUUCUUCUUCUCACUGUCGGGUAAACAUUAAUCCUUUAUGAGUUUGAGGCCCAAUG